UGUUAUUAAGCGAGGCUGCGAUUAUAGCGUCAGAUGCGAUACUCCUCCGCUCACGUCUAUGAAGUGCUCUGCAACUUUGAAAAUGUCUUAAAGCAAGCCGAUAGAUGUCUAGAGCUUGUUUCGAGGUAGAAUUUAGGCGUAAUAGAAUUACUAAGCAGCUUCACUUUCCUCAACUCGACCAUUAUGUUGUCUUGGAAGAAGAGCAAGUUCGAGCUGAUUGAGGAAGACAAGCAGCAGUCCAAGCAGAAGGGCUAUGCCGUGAGCCUCAACUACUCUGCGCUCACCUCCUUCGCCAAAUCCUGCCCGGAAAGCGCACUCAACAGAGUCGGGAGCAUGUUCAAAUCCAAGAGGAAAAAGGUGAAAAUCUCCAGCGAGGACCCUACGUAUACGGUCUUGUACCUGGGGAACGCCACCACCAUCCAGUCCAAGGGGGACGGAUGCACGGACGUGGCCGUCAGUAAGAUCUGGGGCAAGAGCGAGAUGGGCAAGAACGGCACCAAGAUGAAGUUGACCAUCAGCUCGCAGGGCAUCCGCAUGGUCCACGUCGACGAAAAGGCGAAGAGACCAGGACAUCUGUAUUUAUUGCACAGGAUCACCUACUGUGUCGCAGACCCGCGGUUCCCCAAGAUAUUCGCCUGGAUCUACCGGCACGAGAUGAAGCACAAGGCGGUGAUGCUGCGCUGUCACGCCGUGCUGGUGUCCAAGCCGGAGAAGGCGAAGGCCAUGGCGCUGCUCCUCUACCAGACCUCCGCGACAGCACUGGCCGAGUUUAAAAGACUCAAAAGAAGGGACGAUGCCAGGCACCAGCAACAGCAGUUGAUCGGGGAGCAAACGAUUCCCCUGGUGCCCUUGAGGAAGCUGCUAAACGGACAGUGUUACUACAAACCCCCGGUGGAGCGCAGCAGGAGCGCACCCAAGCUGGGCUCCAUCACGGAGGACCUGGUCGGGGAGGAGGAGGAGGAGAAAGCCAUGCACUUUGAGUGCGAGGAUAUUCUGGACACCGACAGCGACUGUGUGGCCAACGGCAAACAAGAACUGUGCCAGAUUAUCAAUGACUUGGGCUCCAUGAGUAUAGGGAACGACGUGCAGACGCUAAAAGCCGAUUUGAGGGUGACUCGCCUGCUGUCCGGCGAGAGCACGGGCAGCGAGUCCUCCAUAGACAGCAACCAAGAGACUAUUUCUCUUCCCAAUGGCAUUGUGGAUGGGAAAACGCAAGAAGUCGGCUGAUCUUUCUCGAUUUGAAAGACAAUCUAGUCAGCAAUGACAUGCGAUGCUUCAUGGUAAAGAUGAUGAUGAAGAGCGUUUGGGUGCAUGAAUGUGCGACUUGACUUGAAAGCGCGGUGUUAGGGUUCACGGGAUGUGAUUUAAAACACAGUGAGCUGCCUACCUAGACAUGUUUGGGCCAAAACUGCUGCACACUGAAAAAAAACAAGUUUAUUAAAACUUGAUUGCCGCCUUAAGUAAAAUCGAAGUGGUGCCAAAGUUAUAAUCUGCACUUUUUAAAAACAUUUUACUGAUUAAAAGAGUUGAGUUUAAAUGUAAAAAAGCAUUGCGAUCACCUCAAUGGAUGGAAACCGAGACAAAUAUAAUGCAAACUUUUGAGUUCAGCUGACUCGGGUGACCCAAAAUGCUGUCUAGAUAGGCAACUCAGGUUUUGAGACACAAGCCAUGGAGGUGUUUGUGGAUUUAACAGACACUCGCACAAUAAUCCCUCAUUAGGGGUCUGGAUGGAAGCACCAGAGUUGCUCUGCGCAAUAAGAUGCUUAAAGUCUCUGCUUAACCCCUAUGGUGUAAGAGGUUUUAGGAAUGAUCUUGUUUACCUAAUACGUUUCCGUCAAGGAUUUUUUUAUUUUUUUUUCUCGUUUUCUUUCUCUUUUUUUUUUUUACUGAGAAAAACAGCAGUCCUGAAAUAUGUGACUCAGUCUUUCUUUCUUUCUUCUGAAAG